AUGCAUUUCUCAUCCACAGUCGCGGUAUCAGCCCUCCUGGCACUGGCAGAUGCCGCUGUCAUGGGGAAGCGAGCCCUCUCUGGAGAGGCUACAUUCUACGGUGGAAAUGUUGCUGGCGGAACCUGCUCCUUUUCAACCUAUACCCUCCCAUCCAACGUUUUUGGCGCUGCCCUCUCCGAUUCCAACUGGGCCAACUCGGCAAACUGCGGUGCAUGUGUCUCUAUUGUCGAUCAAUGCCCCGGCUGCGGCACAAACCAUCUCGAUCUGUUCCCUGAGGCUUUCUCCGCCCUCGCUGACCCAUCCAAGGGCAUCAUUGAUACCACUUGGACAUAUGUUGACUGUCCUAUCACUUCCCCACUCCAACUCCACAACAAAGAUGGCGUGUCACCGUAUUGGUUCAGCAUGCAAGUCGUCAAUGCCAACAGAGCCGUCGCCAAGCUGGAAGUGAGCACAGAUGGCGGGAGCACAUGGCAAAGCACCAGCAGACAGACAUACAACUUCUUUGAGAAUUCCAGCGGAUUUGGAACUGCCGCGGUGGACGUUAAGGUUACUAGUGCUGAUGGUGAAGUGGUUAUUGUGAAGAACGUACCAGUCAACUCGGAUGAGAGUGUGACUGCAAGUUCGAACUUUGCCGGAUCAUCUGCGAAUAAUGACGAUACAUCGUCCCCGGUUGUUGCUGCUCCAUCAGCUGCUACCACUGCUCCCGCAGCUUCAACUCUUACUCCUGAGCCAGCGGUCCUAGCCGAAACGCCCGUUACCACUACAGCGGCCUCCUCUCCCGCCACUGAAACUACACCAUCAGCAGAGGAGGCUGUCGUUGCUACUCCUGAGCCAAUCAUCCUAGUUGAGGCACCUGCUACCACUGCAGUUAUCCCCUCUCCAGAUACUGAAAUUGCACCAUCAGUAGAUGAGUCUGUCGUUGCUCCUCAGCCAACUGCUGCCCCAACUGCUGCCCCAGUCAAAACCCCCUGUGCGAGCACAGUCACCGUUGUAGUCACGGUAACUGCAGGCUUCUAA